AUGGGAUACAUAUGCGUGGUGCCGCAGUUUGUCGAGAACAGUAAGAAGCUCAAUUCGUCGGAGGUCCUCAGUGACAAGGCCACCUUUGACACGAUCACGAAGACGGAGAACUACCUUCCGUGCUUCCAUGAUGCAGCUUUCGUGCAGCAGCAAUUGUACGUGUCGCUAAUCAUUUGGGCAUCGUUCGUGGUCUUCUCGAUCCUUUGGGUCGUCGCGUCCAACCAGCAGAACCGAACGCUCAAGAACGACGAAGUCGGAUUCUCCCUGGCGCUUCGCCAGUGGGCGCGAAAGGACCGCAUCGCGAUCAUCAUAAAUCGACCCCUGCAAAUGUUUUCAUCGCUUGGCAUCUUUGUGAUCCUCGUCAACCGGUGCAACUACCUCUCUGUCGACGUAGCGGAGUACUACAUCGGGCUCGUACUUUACCUCGCCGCCUUCGUCGACACCCUUGUUCGGUUCUGCGCGGCAAAGCAAAAGAUCUCAUAUGCGUUUUCUCCGUACACAAUUCUCGACAUCUUCAGCUUGGCGUCGUACUUUUGCGUGGGAUUCGCCCCGAGCCUCAUGAUUAACGGCAAGGAAGCGCGCACGUGGCUCGACUUUAGCAUCAUGAGAUCCAUCUUCAUUUACCGAAGCUUCAUGGAAAUGGACUCGCACUUUGACACGUCCACGCGGGGUAUCAUGCUGUUUCGCCAAGCCGUGAGAUGUUUUCUCUUGCUGGCGUGGGCCGCGUCAGUUAUGUUCUUCGUCGAAAUGACGGGAGAACUCGAUUCAUUUUUCGACAACGGCUUCGCUCAUUUGUAUUCGUGCUCCAACGGGACAAUCUCGAGGUCGAACGAUGGGACGUGUGGCUCGGAAACGUGGUCCAUGAUGUUUGCGCUGUACUUCACCGUCGUGACUCUUGGCACGGUCGGGUACGGCGACAACGCAGCGCACUAUCUGCCGUCGCGCCUCCUUGUCAUGGUGUUCAUCUUGGCCGGCAUCAUCUUGUUUUCGAUGGAGAUUCAAAACCUCGUCAACUUGUAUCAACUACGCAAAAUCGGGAAUCCACCGUACAAGCCCAAGUCCCGCACGACGCAGCACGUUGUGAUCAUGGGCAACCCCACGUAUCCUCAACUCUCGGCCACAUUGCGCGAACUCUUCCACCCCGAUCAUUUUCAAGGCGUCGAUCGAAAGUUUCUCCAUGCGGUCGUGCUGGGCGAUUAUUCCUCCAACUACGUCCAAGGUCUUGUCCAUCGAUUGGAAAGCGACCCGAAAUUUGCGUCGACCGUCACCUUUGUGGCUGGAGACCCCACCGAGGACGUUGAUCUUGACCGCGUGCGGCUCAAGGAGGCAAUUGGAGCGUUCUUUCUACCCGACAAGCUCGCAUCGGACGCUGUCAGAGAAGACGCACGCAACAUCAUGCACAUCUUGUCUGUGAAACAAUAUGCUGGCUAUGACUUUCCAUGCUGGGCGAUCGCACUUCGCAACGACAACAUCCGCCACAUGCUGUCUGCUGGUGUCGACCGAGACAGCAUUGUGUGCGAGGAAACGAUGAAGAUGGGUGUGAUGGCGCGCAGUUGUGCGUGUCCAGGCUACGCAACGUUCCUUUCGAACCUGUCAUCGUGCCUGUCCCUCAAUAGACCAAAGAUGAACUCGCACAACGCUCCAUUUAACCUUCGGUCGAAAGCCGUCCACACCGGCGACCUUGCCUCGACUCCGUCGACUGCCGCCCAGCCAUGGAUGGACCAUUAUCUCGCCGGUGCCUCGCGAGAAUUUUACGUCGUGUCGCUCAGCAAGGAGUUUGCCGACAUGACAUUUCGUGACGUGGCGAAACAGAUCUUUGCCCGUUCCAAGGGUGCGGCGGUGCUGAUUGCUGUCGAAGUUGUCGUCGAAGAUCCGACAGGACAAGACGCGUUGGCGGAGUUUUCGACCGUCCCUCGCAUCCAUGGAGUCCGCGUCGUGCUGAACCCAGGCCACGCCAUGCGACUGAAGGAAGGCAGCUCCGUGUAUGUCAUCGCAGACGACCUUGCGAGUGUUCAGGCAUUCCACAUCACGGACGAAGAGAUGGAUGAUGAGAACUCAAAUGCGGACCACAGUCCACGGCUAUCCACUCGAGCGCAAUACUCCUCCCUUCACAUGCCGCUACUUCCAGCAGGUGUUAUCUCAUCGUCCACGACGACCCAAGCUUCGGUCAAAGCGGCGCCGCCGCCAUUGCGCUAUCGUGCCUUGCUCAGUGGCGAGAGCGUGCACUUGGAUUCGACGUUGGACCGAGUAAUGACUUCGAUUCGACUGCCGACUCGCCGCCCCGACCUCGUACUGGACCCCCGACGAGCGUCCAUGAUGGAAUUGUUUUCGUCCUUGCGGGGUGGUGCCGGCUCGUACAUGCACGACAAGCCUCGCGAACUGACGCCACCGCCAAUGUCUGUGUUGGAAGAUCCGCGCCACAUUGUCGUGUGCAGUUUCUUGGGCGAGGAGUCGUUAGCCGCCCUUCAGUGGUUCAUAACUCCCUUACGAGGGGUGUAUUCCCUGAAUAUGCCUCCGAUUACCAUCUUGGACGCGUCACCACCCACGGGUGACUGGGUCUCGGUCCUCACCAAGUUCUCCGACGUCUAUUAUGUGUGCGGCAGUCCACUCGUGUACCAAGAACUGCAGCGUGCAGGCGCCAAGUCGGCGCAUUCGGUUCUCGUUCUGGCCAAGAAAUCCAAAAACGGAGCGACCCGAACGGACGGUGCUGGGCCCAUGGAGGCGACGUUGAUGGACGCCGACGCGAUCUUCACGACGAUGCUGGUCGACCUCAAGAUGAACCCGAGCCGCAUGUUUACCCUCACCGAACUCACGGACGAAUCCAACUCGAAGCUUCUCAACAAACGCUUUGUGAUCGAGCCCGCCCACGAGCAACACGACGACGGCAGUGGCUCCAUCGACAAAUUGCACUCGAUGUGGGACAUUGCCUUGAGUGCAUCCAGUGGCGUCCACAAUGGCAGCAACGCGUCCUCGACGCCGUCCAUCUACUCGAUGCCUCUGUACAUGUCUGGUCGACUGAUGCAUCCGCAGUUUUGCGAAAACCUUCUUGUGCAGUCGUACUACGAUCCGAGCAUCCACCGCAUUUUGCGCCAACUCGUCGGCGGGCCGCGGUCCACCGGCAUCAUCUGCGCUGUCCCGUUGCCGCGAAAUUACCACCAUGGCAGUGUGGAGUAUGGAAUGCUCUUCCACGCAUAUGCAGACCGCCACUUUCCUGGCAUUCUCCUCGGAGUGUACCGGAAGCCUCCCGCGACUCUAUCGUCAACCGAUGGUCUCCCUGUCGUGCUCACCUGUCCUGUCGACUCCCUCACGAUGGAGGACGGGGAUGUGCUGUAUGUCCUCUAUGGUUGGAACGUCCUGGAGGAUGCUGCCAAAGCGAUCCAAGCUGCUUUCCGAGCAAACCGUCGCCGUCGGCCACAAACUCGCGCGCCAUUGUCCAGACGUCGCACGACUAUUUUGUGA